UUUUUUUUUCUUUUCUCCUCAUUGAAUAUAUAAUCAAUUCAACGAUAAUAAUAUAACAUGUCACGCUUAGAAUUACUGACACCUGAAGGUCUUCGUAUCGAUGGUCGACGGGCAAAUGAAUUACGUAAAAUCACAGCAAAAACAUCAGUAUUUAGUCAGGCAGAUGGAUCAGCGUAUAUCGAACAAGGCAACACCAAAUGUCUUGUAGCCGUGUAUGGACCUCGUGAAGCUCGUCGUCGUCAACAAACUUUGGCUGAUCGUGCUAUCAUCAAUGUAGAAUUCAAUGUUGCUCCAUUCAGUACAAGUGAACGCAAAAAACGAUCGAAAUCUGACAAACGAUCUCUUGAAUUAGCUACAUGUAUUCGCCAAACUUUUGAACCCGUGAUUCAAACCAAUCAAUUCCCUCGAUCACAAAUUGAUGUUUAUAUUCAACUAUUCCAACACGAUGGUGGUGUUCUUCAGUCUUGUAUUAAUGCUACCACUAUGGCUUUAAUUGAUGCUGGGAUUCCCAUGCUUGAUUUUGUCUGUGCUUGCUCUGCUGGAUGUAUUGAAAAGGUGCCUGUUUUAGAUUUGAAUAAUCUUGAAGAAUCAGCUGAUACACCAGAAUUGACAUUAGCAAUGUUACCAAGAACAGGCAAAGUGAAUUUAGUCGAGUUGGAAUCUCGUUUGCAUAUUGAACAAUUGGAAAGUGUGAUGGAUCUAGCCAAGGAUGGAUGUAUACAAAUCAAUGAAAUGUUAGACAAGGUUAUUCGACAGAACAUGGAUCAUUUGAUGGGCAGAAUGAAGGCAUAGUUAUGUAUAGAUUUCAUAGUUAUGUAUAGAUUUAGCCUAUCUUUUUCCCACCUUUUUUUUUCAAUAAAAAAGAAAUUGAAUCAUCAUCAUUUUUAUUUCAAGCAAAUUAUUAUAUAAAUAAAAUAAGAUACAGAUGAUCAUACGGUGUUUAUGAUGAAGAAAACGUUCAAUAAUGACAAUCGUAAAAAAAA